AUGUUAACGAAUCAGAAAUACAUCGACGUUUAUGGAAAGGAGUAUUUGUAUGUGGUUGACCCAAGUUUUGAUGGACUCAUUUGCGAGGAUCGUCCAUUGACCCUUUUGUGGGUGGACGAGUCAAGUGAUGCAGCCUAUAAAUGGAACGGGCUACCGAUUCAGUUGAAUUCGACGAGAAGCGACUCGUUGGCUCGAUCCGUCAUCAUUUCAUAUUUAUCACUCGGCCUCUUCGGUGUCACCCUGAGCUCUCUGUGUGCUCACGUUGUCUAUCAAAAGAUAGCCCUCGCAAAGAGUGUCAAAUUCAUCAUUCUUCUCGACGAUUUGUGUCGUUUUCUCGAGUCAUUUCUCUACUUAUAUUAUGGUGCCUGUGUUUGGGGG